GUGCGAAAUGUCAAUGAUGUUAACCUAACAAAAUAUAGGUUUUAGUUAGUUAAUGAGUUUUUCUAUUAUAUAUGUGACUUACCCCAGAAUGCCGGCUUUUUAUUCGUUAUUAACCGAUUGGAUUCAAUAAAGUGUAAAUCUACUUUAUCGACAUGGAUGGUUUCCAGGACUCGCCGCAGUGGCGCUGGAACUGGACGGCGAUGUGCGGUCCGGAUAAUUUUCAAAUUUGGUCCACGCGUACGCAUGAUUUGGGGCUUUGUUUUACACAAUUGUGCCUGGAAAUUCCAGUAUUAAGUCUUUUGGCGAUAAUCUCGUCCUAUUAUUACGGAAAAUACAUAGAUUUUGUCAGUAGGGGUAGAUUGCAGUUAAGAGCCAUCAAAGUUCGUAGUUUUAUAGUUCUAAUGUUAGCGUUUUUGCCGUUAUUACAAGUAUAUAUUGACUUAAAUACCAACGAGCAAAAUAUUACUCAAGUGUCAUAUUUUCUUAGCGCUGUGCAGGGUAUUUGUUGGUUUACUCACUUCCUGUUUCAGUUAGGUUUGAGAAAAAGACUGGGGCUUAGUUGUAGAGGCCCGAUGCCUGUUUGUUUUCUAUGGUCAUUUUUAUUAGUUUUAAGCGCAAUUUCUUUGAGGAGUCAUUAUCUAUUAUACAAAUUACUACCGAAUCCUGAAUUUAAGCUAUCCUUAUCGUUCGGGUUUAGCUUUGUUUAUUUUGUUCUACAAGUUUUCUAUGCUAUAACACUCAUCCCGAGUAGUGGGGGUACGAGUUUUGUGACUUUCCCGGAGGGGAAUAACCAGGCCGAUGAAAAUACUCCUUUGCUACAUAACGCAUACGUAAGAUUUAACGAAGAUGACCAAUCGUAUUUGGGGGUUGCAAUGGAGGACGCCAAUUGGUUCUCGAAAUUGUUGUUUUAUUGGGUUAAUCCGCUUAUGGACAAAGGGUUCCACUUGAAGUUGACCAAUGCUGACGAUUUGUUCGAUUUGCCUUUGUCUUUGAAUUCUAGCUAUUUGAGUGCCAAGGUUAAUAAGCAUUUGGGGGGUCAGAAGGAUGAAAGAACUAUUUUAACAAGUCAAGAUGCAGAAGGCGGCAGCUCGACAUCGAGUGACGUGACCAUUGUGAGGCCUUCGUCGAGACGUAACGUGUCCCUUUUAAGGGCUCUGCACCGUUCCUUCGGCGUGCAGUUCUAUGCGGUGGGCGUGCUCAAGUUGGCGGCCGAUUGCACGGCUUUCGCCGGCCCUAUCCUCUUAAACAAAUUAGUCGGUUUUAUCGAGGACAAGUCCGAGGAUAUCGGGUGGGGGUAUGCUUACGCUGCUGGGUUAAUGAUGGCCACAAUGACAUCAUCUCUUUGUGACGCUCACUUCAACUUUUGGAUGUCAGUGGUGGGCUUGAAGAUGCGCAGCGCACUGGUUACGGUAAUUUAUAGGAAAACUCUGUCGGUGAGCUCGAUAAAUCUUAACAAGGACUUUUCCGUCGGAAAAAUCGUCAACUUUAUGUCGACCGACACCGAUCGUAUUGUCAAUUCUUGUCCCAGUUUCCACGCGCUCUGGAGCAUACCGUUUCAGCUGGGAGUGACACUGUACCUCCUCUACGACCAAGUGGGACUUUCGUUCCUUGCCGGAGUCGUAUUCAGCGCAGUCCUCAUCCCCAUAAACAAAGUAAUAGCGAACAAAAUAGGAGAACUGAGCAAGGAACUUAUGGAGCAAAAAGACGCCAGGGUCAAAAUGAUAACCGAAGUUCUGAGAGGCAUUAAGGCAAUUAAGUUGUACGUUUGGGAGCAGCAUUUUAUUAGGCUUAUAACCAAACUUCGCGAGGAAGAGCUAAAAUACCUGAAGGGUCGCAAGUAUUUGGACGCGCUGUGUGUGGUGUUCUGGGCCUCCACGCCGGUCGUGGUUUCCGUUUUGACAAUGGGAACGUACUCGCUGCUCGGCAAUAAAUUAACCGCGGCCACCGUAUUCACGUGCAUCGCCUUAUUAAAUAUGCUCAUCAGCCCUUUGAAUGCCUUUCCUUGGGUUCUAAAUGGCAUGACCGAGGCCUGGGUGUCCGUCAAAAGAAUACAGAAGCUUCUAGAUCUGCCCGAUUUAAACUUUAAUCAAGAAUACAAUGAAGAUCUUUUGGGGCAGUCUUCAGGUAAUCAUGACAUAAUUUUGUCUAACGGGGGUUAUACGUGGGGGAAAGAGUUGAGUGCAGAAGAAAAACUUAAACUUCACGAUGUUAGAAAGAGAAAACUAUCCAGAGGCAAGGGUGCAGGCAAAAAAUCUGCCAUUACUCUAGACAAAAGAAAUAGCGUGGAAUCUCAUAUUCUUGAAGAAGAAGAUAGCUACAUCUUUACUUUAUCAAAUAUAAAUCUAAGUAUUAAAAAGGGCGACUUAGUAGGAAUCAUAGGUUCUGUAGGAUGUGGAAAGUCAUCCUUACUAUCAGCUAUGUUAGCAGAACUGUCAAUGUUUCAAGGCCAAAUGGUCACGACCCAAAUGGAAUCAGGUUUUGGUUUUGUAACACAACAGCCGUGGUUACAGUGUGGCACCAUCCGCGAAAAUAUUCUUUUUGGAAAAAGUUUCGACGAAACGAAAUACAAAACUGUUAUUUACGCUUGCGGUCUUGCGGAAGACAUAACCCAACUUAAACACGCCGACUUGACAGACGUAGGAGAAGGCGGUAUGACUUUAUCGGGCGGGCAGAAAGCUCGCAUAGCUUUGGCUAGAGCUGUCUACCAAGAUAAGUCAAUUUAUUUACUGGAUGAUAUUCUUUCCGCGGUCGACGUCAAAGUGGCCCGCCACAUUUUCGAGAACUGUAUAAUGGGUGUUUUGAGGGAUAAAACGCGAAUUCUAUGCACACAUCAUGUGCAAUAUUUGGUGUAUGCGGAUAAAAUCGUACAGAUGGAGAAUGGAACUAUUAAACAACAAGGAAAACCAGUCGACGUACUAAGCAAUAUGGAUGACACGUUGCCCAUUGAUUUGGAACUGGGUGAGAGUUCGCAAUCGGACGGGUAUUCAGAUUCAUUGCUGAGCAGUAUUAAAACCUUUGACAACAGCCAAAGCUCCAAUACCAAAGAUAACGAUUUGGCUUUGCAGGAAACUCAAGAAACUGGAACUGUAGCCCUUUCCGUUUACUCCAAAUACUGGAAAGCCUUGGGCCACAUUUUGUGUUUCUGCAUUUUAAUAUCGAUAACCAUGAUGCAAGCCACCAGAAACUUGACAGACUGGUGGUUAUCACACUGGGUUACCGAAGAAACGAACAGAUCCUCGAACAACACCAACCUAACCUUCGACGAUACGAUUUAUAUUAUGAGCAGUUUUUCCGACGAAAACGAACCUACGUCGUAUUAUUUGAGAAUAUAUGUGGAAAUGGCGGUGGUAAACGUCGUUUUUACUGUUUUUAGAGCGUUCUUAUUUGCAUAUGGCGGUGUAGUGGCCGCGGCAAAAAUACACAAGCUGCUGCUGAAGUCUAUAAUGAGGGGUAAACUGAUAUUUUUCGAUAUCACGCCCUUGGGUAGGAUCUUGAACAGAUUUUCCAGCGACACGUACACAAUAGACGACUCUUUGCCGUUUAUAAUGAACAUAUUGUUGGCACAGUUUUUCAGCUUGUUGGGUUGCAUAGCAAUAACAGUGUACGGCUUGCCUUGGAUCAGCCUCGUCCUCGUCCCACUUGUGCCAGUCUACCAUUCUCUUCAGGAUCAUUACAGACUGACUUCCAGAGAGCUGAAGAGAAUCUCCAGCGUGACCCUAUCGCCUAUUUACAGCCAUUUUAACGAGACCCUGCAAGGUUUGACGACAAUUAGGGCGAUGCGAGCAAGCGGCAGGUUCAGACGGGAGAACGAGGACAAAAUUGAAGCCAAUUUGAAGGCACAAUUUGCAAGCCAAUGCGCUGCGAGAUGGCUCGGUUUGAGAUUACAGUUUAUUGGAGUUGCAAUAGUUGCCGGGGUCAGUUUUAUCGCCGUUAUACAGCACCAAUACGACUUUGCUGAUCCAGGUAUGGUCGGUCUGGCAAUUUCGUAUGCGCUUUCCGUAACCGGUCAGCUGGGGGGUGUUGUAAACGCUUUUACAGAGACAGAAAAGGAAAUGAUUGCCGUGGAAAGGGUUAAUCAGUAUAUUAAAGAAGUUCCUUCGGAAUCGACCGAAUUGGACAGACAUCCUCCGUUCGGCUGGCCCAGUCAGGGAGUAAUUGUUUUUAGGGAUGUUGUUCUCAGAUACAGAGAUCAUUUAGUUCCUUCUCUAAAACAAAUCUCCUUUGAAGCAAGACCUUGCGAGAAGAUAGGGAUUGUGGGUCGAACAGGGGCGGGUAAGAGCUCAAUUCUAGCAGCUCUAUUUCGUCUUACGGAAUUGUCAUCGGGGAUGAUAACAAUAGAUACAGUAAACAUAUCAAAAUUAGCCUUGUCAGGAUUAAGGUCCAGAUUGUUCUGCAUACCACAAGAUCCCUUUCUAUUUAGUGCUACCAUAAGGGAAAAUUUGGAUCCUCUUAAGGAGUUCAGGGAUGCUGAAAUCUGGGCUUCUUUGAUUAAGGUGAACUUGAUGGCGGUCAUACAAAAAAUGGGCGGGUUAGAUCAGAUGAUUGAAGGCGCAGGGGAGAAUUUAUCAGUUGGCCAAAAACAGUUGAUUUGUUUGGCUAGAGCCGUUCUACACAAUGCAAAAAUUCUCUGUAUUGACGAAGCAACAGCAAGCAUAGACAUUGAGACUGACCGUCAAAUUCAGCACACGUUAAGAUCGGCUUUCCGUAAAAGCACGGUUUUGACAAUCGCGCACAGAAUUGAAACUAUCUUGGAUUCCGAUAGAAUUUUGGUGCUCGAUGAUGGAAAAAUAGUUGAAUUUGAUACGCCUGAUAACUUGAUGUCGACUCCUUCUUCUAUUUUUUCACGGUUAAUCGAUCAAGAUUACGAAUAGUGUAAA